CCCACGGGCCCGUGUGGCAGCCACACCGGGCCGAGAAUGGCCGCGGGGCCGUCCCCGGCCGAGCCUCUGGCCGCGCCCGAGCCCGGGGAGGCCUUCAAGAGGCCCUGCCUGCCCGCGGCGCCGACCGUGCGGGGCGCAGCCCCCGGCGCCCACCCUCCCGGCGCCGAGGACGUGACGGCGGCCCCCGACGCCGGGGACCCUGACGCCGCCGCGGCCCGGCCGGAGCUCGGGGAGCCGGAGAGCGGCCCCGAGGGGCAGCCGCCCGCCCCCGCCGCCCGCCCGCCUCCUCCCCUCCCUCCCCCUCCUGCUCCUCCCGGCGGCGCGGCCCGCGCCCCUCCCUACCGAGAGCCGCCGUGGGCCAGCCCGGCCGCGGCGCCCUACAGCCUGGAGACGCUGAAGGGCGGCACGGUGCUGGGCACGCGGGCGCUGGGCGGGGCGAGCCGCUGCCUGUUCGGGAGGCUGCCCGGCUGCGACGUGAGUCUGGAGCACCCCUCGGUGUCGCGGCACCACGCCGUGCUGCAGCACGGGGCGGCCCCGCCGGGCGCGGGGGGCGGCGGCGGGCCCGGCUUCUACCUCUACGACCUGGGCAGCACCCACGGCACGUUCCUCAACAAGACCCGCGUCCCGCCGCGCACCUACUGCCGCGUCCACGUGGGCCAUGUCCUGCGCUUCGGCGGCAGCACCAGGCUCUUCGUCCUGCAAGGACCGGAGGAAGACCGGGAGGCCGAGUCCGAGUUGACCGUCACCCAGCUGAAAGAAAUGCGCAGACAGCAGCAGAUGAUGCUGGAGAAGAAGAUGCUAGGAGACGAUUCGGAUGAAGAGAUGGACACGGAGUCCACGGAAAGGAAGAGAGCCCCCAGUGGUCCAGAGGACGAGAUGGGGUGCACCUGGGGAAUGGGAGAAGAUGCUGUAGAGGAUGAGGCUGAGGAGAACCCCAUUGUCUUAGAGUUUCAGCAGGAAAGGGAGGCUUUUUACAUAAAGGAUCCAAAAAAGGCUCUGCAGGGAUUUUUUGACCGAGAAGGAGAAGAAUUAGAAUAUGAGUUCGAUGAGCAGGGACAUAGCACUUGGCUCUGCAGAGUGAGGUUGCCUGUGGAUGAUUCAACUGGAAAACAGCUGGUGGCUGAAGCCAUUCACUCAGGAAAGAAGAAAGAAGCGAUGAUGCAGUGCUCGCUGGAAGCCUGUCGGAUCCUCGAUACUCUGGGGCUGCUGCGGCAAGAAGCAGUUUCUCGAAAAAGGAAGACCAAGAACUGGGAAGAUGAAGAUUUUUAUGACAGUGAUGAUGAUACAUUUCUAGAUAGGACUGGUCUAGUUGAAAAGAAGCGUUUGAAUCGCAUGAAGAAGGCCGGGAAGAUUGAUGAAAAGCCUGAAACCUUUGAGUCAUUGGUUGCAAAGUUAAAUGAUGCUGAAAAGGAACUCUCUGAAAUUUCUGAGAAAUUAAAAGCCUCCAGCAAAGCCCUCUCGGAGUCCCCAUCUCAGGACUCCUUGGAUGCCUUCAUGUCGGAAAUGAAGUCUGGGAGUGCCUUGGAUGGUGUGUCCCGGAAGAAACUGCACCUGAGAACUUUUGAGCUGAGAAAAGAGCAACAGAGACUGAAGGGACUGAUAAAAAUUGUAAAGCCUGCAGAGAUUCCAGAACUGAAAAAAACUGACAGUAUGACUCCAGGGGCAGAAAACAAAGCUAAAAAGCUUACAUUGCCACUGUUCGGUGCCAUGAAAGGAGGAAGCAAAUUCAAAUUAAAAACAGGCACAGUAGGGAAGUUACCCCCCAAGCGUCCAGAACUCCCAUCAGCCCUGCUGACAACAAAAGAUGAACCUGAAGUGGAAGAGGAGGAGGAAGAGGAAGAGGAGGAAGACCAAGGAAAGGCAGAGACCGAAAGAAGCAGCGUGGAGGCUGGAAGCAGUCGGCCGCAGCAGGAGACAGAGCCCGAAGAAGCAGCGCAGGAAAUGUGCCCUCCCGCAGACCAUGCCGAAACGGGGACCCACGAAAGCCCGUCUCAGCCCCGGCGAACAGAACAGCACAGAGAUUACCAGGAGCUUAGGAGAGCAGCUGCACCCCGAGAGGAGCCCUCAGCAUCAGAGGGUGAAAAUGAGGAAAUCAAAGAUGAAGUGAAGAAAGCUCCUGGGCCAGACAAACUUCCACCAAUACUUUCUUCCAAAUACCCAGAAGAUGACCCGGACUACUGUGUGUGGGUCCCACCUGAAGGCCAGAGUGGCGAUGGCAGGACCCAUCUUAAUGACAAAUACGGCUAUUGACUGCUUCAGAAUCCCGAAGGAAGAUUUUUGUGGACCAUGUGACAUGGAGUAUCUGGAAUACAGUUUUCAAUGUUCAGAGACCAGAUGAUUGUGGAAUCUGGUCACUGGCCUUUUCUUCCAUGCUCCUUGAUUGACCCACCUGAGUCUCCUGACCUGUGUCCUGUUUAACAGUGUUUGUGUAUGUAUGUACAAAUGACCUGUGUAUUUUGAGAGUGAGUAAAGUGAGGGGCAUGACCCUGAUCCAGCGA